UGAAAAAGCAACUAUACGAUCAAGAUCAAGUUGUGUGUAGUCAUGAUAAGACCUUCUGCGAGCCGUAUUUUCCCUCAUAGCGGGGCGUCGCAUGCCGGAAGAGUGCGAUCCACUCGGCCUCCUUGCUUCGUUUCUGCGCCGUGCUGCGGCUAUGCAGAAGAUCAACAUUUGCGACAACCUCCACCUCGUGUGGUGCGGGUACUGCCGCGACGAGCACUGUCCACUACCACUGCCGUCCACGAGAAAGAUGCAAAUGCGUCACUCUUCCAACAUAAGGCAAAGAAUCAUGCCAGAAACCAAGCUACAAAAAGCCCGCCGUACCGCGGUGGCAAUAAACCGUCGUCCAGCGCAAGUAAUAAAACUAACCAGGCGGACAUGAUACUGACACUACCCCUCCGCGGACGGGGACAGCAAAAUGACCCGAAUUUGCCGCCGAAGCUGCUGCACCGCGUGCGAAACCAGUGGCCCACGGUCCUGGGGCUACAAGGGGGCAUUGUGAUGCUGGAAGACAGUGGAGGGACAGGGAGAGAUCAAGACCCGCAGAGCAAGAACAAAACCAACGUUCGCCGCGUGGUGCGCAACACGUGGGCGGUGUCGGAGGAGAGUAUCCGGGAAGCGUGCCAGGCGCUUCUGUACGUUAAUCAGCGACUGCGCGACGGGUUUUGGGUGACGCCGACGAUGCGCGCCAGAAACGGGGAGUAUCAGGUGAACACGUCGGCGAUGUGCAGCCUGUUGGGAAAGAUGUACAGCGAGAGGGAGGGAGAAGCAAAAGCAAUUAUCGAAGGAAACAUCACGAGACGAACACAAAAGAAAAACGAGGGCAGUCUAUUCGACGUCACUGCAGUGACGAUUCCGCCGCCCCCCGCGAAGAACAGACCCAAAAGCAGUGGUCUCCCGCUCGCGGAGGAAUCGUGGGUAGAUCCUGCCAUGUCCGAGCCGGGCUCAUCAACUACAGCAGAUGACGUCACAGACACGUCCUCUGCCACAUCAGCAGCGCAGCGAGACGUGAACGAAAAGAAGCAGAAGUUGCGCGCCCUCCGGCUGCUCACAGACUGCAGCGCGCAGGUGUUUCACGGGUUGCAGUGGGCGCCGCAGCCGGCGCGGGCCAAAUUCCUGGAAAGUGGGGCCCGGCUGGUGGACGUGACCUUGGAAAAGGCCGGGACGGUGCGGGGGAAGGGGGUCGUGUGGUCUGGAAAAAAUCAAGGCGAACGUGAUAACCACCAUCUGCAGCAACAGGGGGACGAUGGAGUCAAAAUCCCAGAAGAAGACCUAAAAGCGCCCGCGUUUCACGCCCGGCAGCUGAUGCGGGAGUGGCUGGGCACGCCCAUUGCGGCUUCCACGACGCAAGCGGACCGUGCACAGAUCCUGCAUGAGAAAGUCAACGCCUUCUUCGCCAUGAACGAAAGUACGAAUCCCAAGCCGAAAACUUUUGGAAACCACCACGAAGAGCCGACGCGGCUAAACGUCUGCUUCGAGCCGGCGAGCGGCGGAACGCAAAUCGCGUUUCGGCCUCUGAUGUGCGCGGGCGAAGAGGGCACCAGCAGUGACACAAGUAAAAACACCAGGAACGCUGGUCGUAAAAAGGAAAAGAACGCCGGUGAUCGCACGACAACUACUUCUGCAAGCUUGAAACAGAAUCAGAACCAGGAGGUCCUUAGAAGAGACCGUGGUCUUCAGGAAGACGCAAAUUAUCGUAUGUUUUGGGAGAUCGUUGAGGUGAGCGAGCCGGAUUUUCAGAUAGAUCCGGCCGUCGAUGAGGUAUUCGCGCCCAAUCCAGAAGAGCUCGACGCGGCCGCUGCGGAGCUUGCGGACGCCUGGAUUCAGCAUUUGAAAACGGCGAACGCAGUAGCUGCACACCACCACGAUAAAGAGACCCACAACGACGGCAAGAUACGCCAACCGCAGGUACUACCACGGCAGAAGAAAAUUCUACUCCACUUCCCCCAUGGCCGAAAAGCGGAGUGGCUGCAGCACUUUGUGGUCCUGGCGAACAACAUCGUGCAGGAGGAGACCGGAGAGAUGUUUUGCCUUCGCCCGGUCUACCUCGACUUUCCGCCGGAGCUGCUGAAGGACAAAAAGGGGGUGACUGUGGAGCGGAUGCAGCGAACGCGAACGACGUUCCCGGCCGAAAAAGAUCCGACAAAGUGGAAACUACACGGCAUUUUCUUUGACUUGUACGCAAUUUGAGUUUAUAUUAUUGCCUUGGUGCUGCCUGUAAUUAAUACGGUGAUUUUUGGAGGCGUGGCGCUGGUGCCGCAAGUGGUUCACACGACGAAGAAACGAAAGCAAGACGAGA